AUGUUGUAUGAUAAAAAUCUGUUGAAUUGCCUGAAUCUUCUGAUACUGUUGGCCAUUGCUGCCAAAGUACGGGGUCAACUGGGCAAGUGUGACCAGACCCCACCGCAGACCACGGCUUUGGAGCCCAGCGAGAACAAAGGAUUGUUCAGACUGUCUGUCGUGAGAAGGGACAACGAUACCAAAAACGUUUAUUUGCCCGACCAGACGUAUGUCUUAAUUCUCGAGACAACGAACAAAACACGACCAUUUCGAUGGUUCAUGAUAACGGUGGAGGACCCUGAGGUGGACAGCACCGUCAAUGAGUUCGAGCAGCAUCCCGUGGAUGUAGGGAGCCUAAAAACGUUGGCCACCAACCAGCAGUCGCGGUACAGUGAGAAAUGCUUCAACUCAGUCGAGAGCGCUGAUAAUUCGGACAAGGAAACGGUUGAGAUUCAUUGGGUGUCACCGAAGAACAGCCCAAAGCAGAGAGUGAGGCUGCGGGCGACGGUGGCGGAAAACCAGGAGAUGUGGUACUACGACGACGACCUGACCAUCCUGCUGAAGAAGGACGACCGGAAACCACUGGACAGCGCACCGUACCCCACAGUAGAAGCGUGCAAUCUGAAAAGCGAAGCACGUUACGAGGUAGUGUUCAAAGGGCGCUGGUCUCGUCUCACCCACCCGCGGCAUUACCCGAGCAAACCGGAUGAGAACGGCUUCAGCCACAUGGUCGGCGCCUCCCACGGGUUCGACUUCACCCUGUGGCAGCAUGGUACCCCAGCCAGCCCAGGGCUGAAAGCGCUGGCAGAGGAUGCCAACAUAAGCAUCAUGGAAAGGGAUAUCAUCAACAACAUGUCGCAAACUGGGGGCACACGGACGCUUAUAAGGGGCAGGCGACGUCACCAUCCGGAGAUGUCCGAGCCUUCGCACGCUCUAUUCAGGGCGGAUAGUAUCCACCACAUGUUCUCCAUAGCAGUGGCUAUGAAGCCGUCACCCGAUUGGUUCCUGGGCGCUUCGCGGUUCGAGCUUUGCACACCGUUGGGCUGGUUGAAGGAGCACGAAAUGCCGCUAUACCCCUGGGACGCGGGAACUAUGGACGGUGUCUCUUACGAGUCGCCGAAAUCGGUCACGAAUCCAACGGACAACAUCGACAGAGUGGAAAUAGGCUCGUUCAACAGUGAAUCGCCUUUCUAUCAAAUGAAUUUGAACAAUCUGAAACCCUUUGCUUACCUUCAUGUGAAGAGGCUCGCAGUUUAUCCUAUAAAAGGGAGUAACUGCAACGAUAAUGACGAAGAUGCUGAUGGUAUAAUAGCUGUGCAGAACGAAGAAGAGACGGCCGAGGUUGUCGAACCUAGAGUACUAGAAUGGUCGAUGCAACAUGAAGAUUCAGGUCGCUGCUCUUUCAGUCAGUGGUACGAAUGGUCCCCAUGCGUUCCAGACCUGGGUCAUUGUGGACUGGGCACGCAAAUAAGGAUCAGGUCAAGACUAGAAAAUACACCAAGCAAUAAAUAUUCGGAAACACAAAACUUACGAACGGAUAAUGGUCGCUGUCAGGAGAAUCAUCUAUUGACGCAGUCCCAAGCUUGUUUCGUUAGUUGU